AUGUUGGCGGGCAUGGAUCAGGUUGCUGGACCUGAAUUGGCUGCCGCUGUUACCAAUGCAGGAGGGUUCGGUACCUUGGGCGGUGCCCGCUACACGCCUGAGAUGCUGCGGGACAUGAUUGCAGAGAUGAAAGAGAGGCUCGUGGACAAGGAUGCGCCGUUUGGAGUUGACUUAUUGAUCCCGCAAGUAGGCGGAAGUGCGCGAAAGACCAACUAUGACUACACAAAAGGACACUUGGAUGAGCUCUUGGACAUCGUGAUUGAGAGUAAAGCCAAGCUUUUCGUCUCUGCAGUUGGCGUUCCUCCAGCGUGGGCAAUUGAGAAAUUGCACAAGGCUGGAGUCCUGUACAUGAACAUGGUCGGCCACCCAAAGGGUGGAGAAGCAGGUGGCCACACCGGAGACAUCCCCACGAGCAUUCUGACGCCCGCAUGUGCGGAUAUCGUAAAGCAAUACAAGUCCCCAUUAACCAAGAAGCCCGUCUUGCUUGUAACCGGGGGUGGUGUCAACGAUGGCCGCAGCCUGGCGUCUGCAUUGAUGCUCGGUGCAAGCGGUGUCUGGGUUGGAACACGGUUCAUUCCAGCUGUCGAGUCAAAGUACCCGGAGCAUGCUAAGAAGCAAAUCAUUGAUGCUGAUUAUGACUCAUGGGUGCGCUCCUUGAUUUGGAGUGGACGACCACUUCGAUCACUCAAGACACCGUAUACCAAUGACUGGGAGGUCAAUCGACAGGCAGAGAUCAAGGAUUUGACAUCGAAGGGAAUUUUGCCAUUAGAACAUGACCUAGACCGAUUGCACAAGGAAGGAAAACUGACAGAAGAGAUUGAAGAGCAAGCCGCGCUCCGUCCUCUUGGGAUUGUGGCAGGCUCCGUCAACAAGGUUGGCCAGACUGCAGCUGAAAUCGUUCGUGAGAUGGUGGAAGAGGCUUUGCAAUUGCUGAAAGGGGCGUCAGGCUACGUGGCUUCACCAUCCAAACUUUGA